UGCGGUUGUAUCUUGUGCUUAAUCGAUAACGUUGAUAAUUUACAUGAAAAUGGUAAAGAACAUUCACAAAUCCCUGAAUCAUUUAAUAAAAAAUACAAAGAUACAGAAACUUUAAAUUGAAAAGAAUAGAUUUAUGAAAAAUUGAAGAUGGAUAUUUGAUAGAAUUUGUUACAGGAAAACAACAUGUCAUUGAAAACAAGUUCUAAAUUACCAGAUGUUCCGUUACCACUUUCUUUAAUUAUAAUCGCUGCAUUAUCUCUAUGUUUUAUUAAUAGUUACAAUGGUGAAUUUGUAUUUGAUGAUUCUGAAGCCAUUGUGCACAAUGAAGAUGUACAAACUACCUCUUUGAUGGAUGUGUUUAAAAAUGAUUUUUGGGGUACAAGACUGACGCAUAAGCAGAGCCAUAAGUCAUAUAGACCACUCACAAUUUUAUCCUUUAGAUUACAUUUUUGGCUUCGCAAGAAAUUAAUAGCUCAAGAUUAUCACAUAGUGAAUAUAAUACUUCAUGCCAUUGUUUCUGUAUUAAUGUUACCAGUAUUUAAUAUACUUUUAAACACAAAAGAAAGAAGUACAACAUUUUAUGCUACUGCAUUGUUUGCUGUUCAUCCAGUACAUACAGAAGCUGUUUCAGGCAUUGUAGGUAGAGCAGAAUUAUUAUGUGCUCUAUUUAUGUGGAUAUCCAUUAUACUUUAUUACUAUUCAAUCUAUGCAAGAAGAUUACUACACAGAUGGCUCAGUAUGUGUGGUUGUAUUACAUCUGUUGCAAUUGCAAUGCUGUGUAAAGAAACAGGCAUUACUACAAUGGGAAUUUGUUGUAUAUAUGACAUUAUAAUAGUGAACAAGUUGUAUCCACAUCAAAUAAUAUUAAAACCUUCUUAUAAACAAAUGAAGAAUUUUAUCAAUCAAAAACGAAAAUUAUUAAUUAGACUUUUCAUACUUUUUUUGUCUAGUUUAAUGCUCAUGAUUUCAAGAUUUAGUAUAAUGGGAUUUAAAGCACCAAACUUUCAACCCGUGGAUAAUCCAGCAUCAUUUAUGAACAAUAUAUUUUUACGAAUAUUAAAUUACAGCUACAUUUAUUGUUUAAACAUAUGGCUUUUAAUAUGUCCUGAGUGGUUGUGCUUUGAUUGGUCAAUGGGCUGUAUACCAUUAAUCAUUAAUUUUAAUGAUAAAAGAAUACUUUUUGUUCUUUUAUUCUGGUUAAUACUUGGUGCUAUGUUUAUAUAUAUCUUUAAUUCUUAUCAGGACAACUUUUUAAGAUAUUCAAUUAUGGGACUGACAAUGCUCAUUAUUCCAUUUCUACCAGCCAGCAAUAUCUUCUUCAAUGUUGGUUUCGUUUUGGCAGAGAGAACACUAUACAUUCCCUCUGUUGGUUAUUGCCUUUUACUUGUUAUAGGAUUACAAAAACUAUGUAAUCGUAUUCCUGUGCAAUACAUGCUAUUCUCCUAUGUAGCUUUAGUUUCGUUGUUUUUUAUGAGAUCAUUAAUAAGGAGUGACCAAUGGAGAAGUGAAACUACAUUAUUUCGAUCAGCAUUACACGUUUGUCCAUUGAAUGCAAAAGUGCAUUAUAAUAUUGCGAAAAAUGCGGCUGAUGCCGGAAAUUCUACGUUAGCGCAAUGUGAAUACGAGGAAGCUUUGAGAUUAAAUCCUAAAUAUGCUCAAGCCAUGAAUAAUCUUGGGAAUUUACUCAAAGAUCAAGGAAAAUAUUUAGAAGCAGUGACAUUGUUUAAACGAGCUAUUGAGUUACAGGAGGAUUUUGCCACUGCAUGGAUGAAUUUAGGCAUUGUUUUGUCAUCACUAAAGAAAUACGAAGAAUCAGAAAAAAGUUACUUAACUGCAUUGAGUUACAGAAGCAAAUAUCCUGAUUGCUUUUAUAAUCUAGGCGUUAUGUAUUUGGAGCAGAAAAAUUAUGACAAAGCGUUGAAAGCUUGGGAAUCUGCUACUAAACAAAGAACUACACAUAGAAGAGCAUGGACCAAUACGAUAUUACUUCUUGACGAUUUAGGAAUGCGUGACAACGCAUUAAAAAUAGGAAACCAAGCUUUACAAUACUUACCAGAUGACGCAUCUAUUCAUUUCAACAUUGCAAACAUAUUGGGGAAAGCAGGAAAUUUUGUGGAGGCAGAAGUGCAUUUUAAAAAUGCAAUAUCAAGAAAUCCUAAAGAUGCUAUGUUUUAUACGAACUUAGGUGUAUUGUAUCAUAGAUGGAAAAAGUUCAACGAAGCGGAAAAUAUGUAUAAGAAAGCAUUAGAAAUCAAACCAGAAUUAAAUAGUGCAAAGGAGAAUUUAAGAAAACUGUAUUCUCUGAAAACUUCAAUAAAAUAA